CUGGAACGGUUAUUCUUGAUCAAGAACUGGAUUGUAUUAGUGAUUUUUGCGGACAACAAGAGGACCCCGAAUGGAAGCGACAACGUAGGAAACAAAUAGAAAAAUACAGCAAACUCAGAAAUGCUAUUGUAGUGGCACAAACUUUGAAGGAUGUCAUGUGUACAUUACAAUUCUCUCGUAGGUUUAAAGAGAUUGAUAGUAUUUGCAGGCAGGACUCGCCUGAGUUUCGAAAGCAACCAAUACGAAUUCUUACAGAUGACUUAAUAUCUGCCAGCGAUUUUUUAGCUUCGUUAACCUGUGAGGAUAUUGCUUGUUUGAAAUCGUUCACUGAAGCUCCAAAUUUAGUUUUAUGGCUCAGACGUGAUAUCAAAAAGUGGAAAGAGCUCGAGACUUUCGUUGAACUAGCAGCCACUAAAUCGGCAGAAGAAGGAGAUUAUGAAACAGUGAAAGUGACACAUUUGCAUGCUGCUUGUGCUGGAUUCGCACCGCUUCUAUUUAAAGCAAAGGAUGACAUGACAUUUAAAGCAUUCGAGAAAUGUUGCACCACUGUGCUGACGUCAUUCAGUCGAGACAAGGAUUUAAUACAGAAAUGGAAAUCCAGUGAGAGGUGCUUGGAAGAGUUUAAAAUAACAAGAGAUUCUUUGAGCUCAGUAGAAGUUUCUUCCUUCUCUCAAUUGGACAUGAUCAAUUCGCGUGGUUUGUAUCAUGUUGGUUGUAUCGACGCAAAAGGUCACCAGUUUCUCUCCAGUCUGACAACAGAAGAUUGCAUUAAGCUGCAGAUUGUAGCGGAGGGAACCGAGACAGCAGGCGCUGGAAAAGAGUUUCGUCUUCAUGAUCUCUUGGAUUUGCAAAGCAAACUGAUGCUGAUAUCAGGACGUAAUAACAAGACACGAACUGACGAUGUGGAUGCUUUCGUCGAUGUUUUAGAACAUGUUAUAUCGAUAGCCAAAAUCUUUAUCAAGAUGCGAAAGGCUGGUCACGACCGUUACCUUUCCUGGAAUCGCAAAUAUCGUUGCAAAAAGAUUUCGUCUGCCGUGGACACAGGAGUGGCGAGCAAAGUACAGGAAGGUGAAUUGAAAUCUUUACUUGAGGACUUAAAGCAUGACCUAGACAAUUUGUCAAUGCAUCUUGCCAACUGGCAGCGUGAAGUGGAAUCAUUUCGUUCUCAUUAUUAUUGCCUUAAUUAUUUUACUACUCCUCAAUUAUUGCUUCUACGUCAGUAUUUGGGUGAAUUAAAUGUUGAUGGCAAUAGCGACGUUCGCCUUGGGACAAUGUUGGCACUUCUCGGUGCCGUCAAUCCGAAGUGCACUAUUUGUGCAGUAAAAGAUGCCAUGAAGAAAGCACACAAUUUUUUUGCCCAACAACCUGCAGGCUUGGAAGACAUGGCCCAUCAAUUACUGAGUGAUUCUGACAUCAGGCAUAUCACAGAGAUGGGCUUUUCGCGGGAAUCUGCCAUUGUUGCACUCAAUGCAAACAAUCGGGAUUUAAAUAGGGCGGUCGCCUAUUGCAUUGAUCAUCUAAGCAAUCAGAUUUUAACUCAAUUGCCAGGAACGAAUUUUGUUUGGUGUUCCUAUUCUUCUAUGCAGCAAAUGCAAGAAGGUUCUGAUGAUCGAGAGCAAACGGUCAAAUCGGUUUACUUGUCAUUAGAAAUGCUUGGAAAGGUAUUGGAGUAUUUAGCGUCUUCUUUUCCCAAUUGGCCGGAACGAUCGUUUCCUGCAGAUCAAUUUCGCAGUGGAGAACCUAACCUCGUCAUUGUUCAUCAGAAUGAUUUGUUACGAGGAAUCUUGAGCUUAUACAUGCGCGACUUUCGCUUGGUUCUUCCUUCAGCUCAGGAAGUUCUUAUAUGCACUACUACUACUUGUGUAGAAGAAAUUUGUUUGUUUUGGCGGAGAGCGCUGCUAGAUCCCAAUCCCGGACGCCUUUUUUGCCUGGCGAGGGCAGAUAGUCUGAGCUACGAAGUCAGUAGGAAGUCUUGGGAGGAGUUUCAAAGGUUAACUCAGAAUUUUCACAGCAAAAUGCGUUAUGUUGCCUAUAAGUUGGUGGUCAUUUGCUGCUCGGCUGAAAAUGAAAGUAAAUCGUACAUGAUCGAUGCUCUUGACUCUUACAGAAGAGCCAAUGUUCCUCUCCCGUCGUUAUCAGAAAUUCAGUCUUAUCUUAGAGACAAGUUCUAUAGAAUGCCUUCUAGCCAUCUCGGCUUAGGCGGACAACUCUUUUCUGCCGCGUCUUUAGAUCACCAAAAUAGUUCUGUAAGAGUAGUAAGAUCAAGUCGAGCAGGCGAUGGUAAAUCGUUCUUUAUAGAUCACAUCGCACAAAUGUUGAGCGAUCUUCCUCAAAACCGCUUUGCGAGAACUGGUCUUUGUAACACGUCAAAUAGGCCUCUUCAUUUCGUGAUUCCGUUACAUGAGACAGAAGUUAACACAAACAUGGUAUUGGAAAUUUUGCUGCCGAUGUCUUCUUCCUCUGAACCACCUUUAGCGCGACUCAUUCACAUCGACGUUUCUCCUUGUGUAGUCAAAGGAUUGGACAUUUUCCUUUUCAGUUUGCUGAUACUGGGAGAAAUUUCUGACUCCGAAGGACACGUUUGGAGACGGAGUCAAGACGAUUUGUAUGUUGUAGAGAUAACGUCGACUGCUGCAAUGAUUGAUCAAAAGCAAAGUGGAGUUGCAUCAGCAACUAUGACUCGCCAAGUUAGUGGUUCUAAACGGAAAGCAAAUAUUCGUUUCUGUGAUUGGUUGCCAUCGGUUAGUUGCAACUCACCCGAGGAAGCAGAGCGCUAUUUGACUAGUGGAGCAACUCCAAAGGUAGGUGACCCGGAUAUGGACGACAGAGAAUUUCGAAAUUCUAAUGUUCAGAGAGCAUUUCAAUAUCUCGAACGGUACAAUAGAAAUGAAAAUCUUGAUCCGUUUACUUUUCGUGCCUCUAACAUAGAGGGAACUCAUCUAACGUGCUUGCAAACCUUGUUGUCUAAUUGCGGACUCGAUAAUCCAACUUGGAGUCAACUUAAAUACUUCGUUAACUUUCUCAGCAGUCAACUGCGUGAUUGCGAGAAAAAUGAUUUUUGCAAUCCUGAGGCUUGUGGCAACGAUUUACCUGGUUUUAAGCAAUUUGUUAUCAAAUUUAUGAUUUUUAUGUCGAGAGACUUUGCAACGCAGUCUGUUGAUGAUUUCCAAGCAUCCAUUUCCAAUCAAACACAAUUGAUGGUUUUACGUCGACGUUGGGAGCAUUCUUCUCAUCCUUACAUGUUUUUCAACGAAGACAGACAUUCGGUGACGUUUGUAGAAGUUCAGAUUACUCGAGAUGGUCGACUGAUAGAUCCGCGAAAUGAUCAAGUUUUGGACUCCAUCAUGUCAAGCGACCUAAGUGCAGCUCUUUACAGGCAAGAAUUUCGUCUGCAAGAAAACUGCGAUAAUUGGACAAAAGAUCGUAAGCUGAAGGUGCUAUGUGCUGUCAUGGGAGUAGAAAAUGUGUACGACCCGGAUGACACUUACGAACUGACAAUGGAUAAUGUGAAAAAGGUUUUGGCUAUACAAAUGCGUUUUCGUUGUGGCAUUCCCGUCAUUAUAAUGGGAGAGACCGGUUGUGGCAAAACGAGAUUGAUUCGUUACAUGUGUUCUCUACAAUCAAACUUGACCGGAGCAAGAAACAUGAUAUUAAUGAAAGUUCACGGAGGCGUAACCAGAAGAGACAUAGUUGCGACAGUGCAUGAAGCCGAACGUCUUGCUCGUGACAAUAGAAGAGAUUAUCCUGGAUCUAAAAUUCAAACUGUGCUAUUCUUUGACGAGGCAAAUACUACAGAUGCACUGGGGCUGAUUAAGGAGUUGAUGUGUGAUAAACGUGUGAAUGGAAGGAAAGUGGAAGGACUGGGAUCAUCUCUUCAGGUCAUUGCUACUUGUAAUCCUUACAGAAAGCACACGAAAGAAAUGAUUGAACGUCUAGAGUCGGCCGGUCUCGGUUACCACGUCAGUGCAGACGAAACGGAAGACAAGCUUGGACACAUUCCUUUGCGUCAUUUAGUCUAUCGUGUGCAUGACCUACCAGAAAGCAUGAAAGCACUUGUAUGGGACUUUGGACAGCUGAAUCCAGCCAUAGAAAGGCUCUACGUCAAACAGAUUGUCAGUCGUCGUGUGGCAAUCAGACAAUCUAUUCCGAAUGUCCACAAUUUAGUAGAAGUCAUUACGGAAGUGCUGGCAGCUGCACAAAGUUACAUGAGGAAACAAGAUGACGAGUGCAGUUUCGUUAGUCUUAGAGACGUAGAAAGAGCCAUGAUGGUAAUGGUUUGGUUCUACAAUUUGCGUGAACAACUGGAACAUCGCAUGUCAGACAAACACGACCAACGUCAAGCGCAGUUACCGGCAAACAGACAGCUACCACAACUUGGAUAUUUGACACGUUCGUUUAUCUUAGCCCUAGGAGUUUGUUACCAAGCUAAACUUCGAGAAAGACGGCCUUUCCUUGAGUAUAUUGCUCCACGUUUUAAAGCUCCUUGCAGUAUCCAAGGUGGAGCCGAACAGAUCGAGAGGGAAAUCGCAACCUGUCAGCAAGUAUUUCUCGAUGAGUUAGAACUUCCUCCUCAAAUAGCAAGGAAUCAUGCUCUCAGUGAGAACGUCUUUAUGAUGAUUGUUUGCAUCGAUCUUCGUAUUCCUUUGUUUCUGGUUGGAAAACCGGGAAGCUCAAAGUCCCUUGCCAAGGUUGUUGUCAAGAAAUCUAUGAAAGGACAUUUGUCAAGUUCUACCCUGUUUCAAGCUCUCAGACAAUGUCAAAUGGUGUCCUAUCAAUGUAGUACUGUCUCAACUGCAGACGGUAUAAUUGGAGUGUUCAAACAGUGUCAAAGAGCGCAGAAAGAACGCGGCAUUGAGAAGUUUGUGUCUUGCGUUGUUCUGGACGAAGUCGGACUGGCAGAAGACUCACCGCGUCUUCCUCUUAAGGCGCUGCAUCCACUCUUGGAUGACUGUACUGCAGGUUCGGAUGACGUCGAAGAAACAAUAAACUGUCAAUCCAAUCGAGUUGCUUUCGUUGGAUUAUCGAACUGGGCUUUAGAUCCGGCCAAAAUGAAUAGAGGUAUACUUGUCAAUAGAGAGGUACCUGACAGCAAUGAGCUGAUUGUGAGUGCGCAAGGUAUAUGCAGCUCAGACCGUCAUACACAAACCUUGUUAUCUUCCUUAUUUGAUGGUCUAGCCUGUGCUUACAAAGAUAUUUAUAGAACUCAAAAGCGCGAAUUCUUUGGACUUCGAGAUUUCUAUAGUCUCGUCAAAAUGUUGUUUUCGCUGUGUCUGAUGAGCAAGAAACUUCCCACCUGGAAUCAACUGGAACAUGCAGUGAGAAGGAAUUUUGGCGGCCAAACUGACGAUAAAAUAAUCUCCGUAUUUCGCCGUUGUUGCUCAGUUGCUGCGGACAAUCGAAAGUCUGAGUAUGCAGAGAAAUUGGAUAACAGUGCUGUUGGUCUCAUUCAAGCCAAUCUGCAAGAAGAGAGUGUGACCACUCUUUGCGAAAGUCGGUAUCUGUUGCUGUUAACAAAGAAUUAUGCAGCUCUCAAUAUCUUACGUCAACGAAUUUUGAAUGACAAUGACCCUGUCAUUAUUUUUGGUAGUAGUUUUCCAAAAGAUCAAGAAUAUACGCACGUAUGCCGUACGAUCAAUCGCAUCAAAGUGUGUAUGGCAACAGGUCGGAUGGUUGUUCUUCUCAACUUGAACAAGUUGUAUGAGAGCUUGUAUGAUGCGUUAAAUCAAUAUUACGUGUAUCACGGUGGUCAGAGGUUUGUUGAUCUUGGUCUUGGUAAUCACAGAGUUAAAUGUCAAGUUCACAAGGACUUCAGAUUAAUAUUGAUAGCAGAACAGACUGAGGUGUACGAUAAGUUUCCAAUUCCUUUGAUCAACCGAAUGGAGAAGCACUUCCUGGCUAUGGAAUCUGUAUUGUCGCCCGAACAGCAAGUCAUCGUCGAUCGCGUGAAUAAGUGGGCAAAGCUGUUUGCAUCCGUAGAUGCACAACAACACGUUUGGCGUUCCGAUGACAAGGGGCAAACAAAGUUUUCAGUAGCCGAUUCUUUUGUCGGUUUCAAUGACGAUGCAGCCGCCACUGUUGUUCUACAGGCUUUUAGGAGGAAAGUGGUGUGGGAAAGAGCGAGCUUGUUUCGCAACGCGAGAGAAGAAAUCGACUAUUAUUUUGAACUCGCUGUAAAUUCUCUUCUCAACUGCGCAACUCCUGAUGCUGUCGCUCGUUUGCACGUAUCUCAACUUUCUUGCGAAGCGAAUCAUUUGUGGGACAUAUACUUUUCUCAACAACGACAUUCCAGUCUUCUAGAUUACCUUAAAGCCAAGCUUGUGGAGAGCGAUACAGAAGAGAGUCUCUUGCUGCAAGUUACAACUCACUCUCGUCUUCUCUUUGUUGGACUGACAGAGUUCCGCAAAGCUUUAGGUAUUCAUAUUGACUCAAUAGCAUUACAGCAGUUUGACAACGAACAGCAAUUUGUGAAAAGAUUGAGAGAAUUCUAUAACCAUGAAUCGCCACAAGACAGAGUUCUAUUGGUGCAGUGUGAAGAUGGUGAUAUGCACAGUGAACUGGUGGCUUGCGCUCGAUAUUUAGUGCAGGAAGAGCGUGAAUCGUCCCUUGCACAAGCAUUAGAAGAAUCGCUAGAACUAAAAUGUUGUUACCUUCGACAUUUGGUUUUAGUCAUUCAGUUGCCGCGAGUCAGGGGAGGUUUCUUCAGGGGAUUUCAAGGCGGCGUGUGGGACGAAGUUCAUAUUGAUGAAUUACGUCCAGCAAAUCAAGUCUUCACUCCCUCGAUUACCUCAUUAGUAAACAAGAAAAUAAGUUCUUUAUUAGGAACCGCGGCAGAAUGUCAGGUAUGGAAUGUUGACGUUGACUUGGGAUCCGAUAUGUCUAAAGACGUGGUGCGCAGUGAACAGAAUGAAACCUUGACUGAGGCGGCGCCCGUUUUGAAUGCUAAUGCAGUACUGCGAUUUUGCAUACAUGGAGCUGUCAGUCUUUUGGACGACAUGGACGAGUCAAUUGACAACACUUCUAGGCGAAUUCACAUUCUUAUGCAGUUAUUGCCAGGUGACAGUCUGCUAGAUGUACCAACGUGUGAUCAAUUUUUUAAACAGCUGAAACAUCAAGUUAUUCGACUUCUUCAAGAACAGGAGAGUCACCAGGAGUCGACCUCGGCGACUGCGUGGGUGCGGAACGAAGCUCUUAGUUACAGCAGUCUCCAUAAGGGAGGAACCUUUUGCCGCACAUUGUGGUUGCGCAUUGUAGAUACGGUGACGCCCGUGCUUUCCAAAAUAAUUGCUUUUGUCGAUCGUAACCACAACCUGAUGUUGCUGGAAGAAGUGGCAGCGGGAAGUAGGAGUUGGUUGACUGAUCUUUGGCUUAAUAUCUUUAACAGUUCACUGAUAAGUGGUCAUGACUACGAUUUUUUGUCUCCAAUUCAAAAAGCUGUAAGCCAACGAGUUCGUGUGCUGUCAUCGGGCUUGAACGAGCAUCUUUUCUCUGCUCAAUUUCCUUUCUCGUACAUCGUCAGGCUAGAAUUAGAUGACAUGAUGAAAAGGGCUAAGGAUAUGGCAGCUGACCGAGGCGAGAAGAUUGUUACAACUGUGCAGCGUCUCUUUGAUAGCAGCGAACUUGGUACAGUAGUACGCAAAGUCGGUGAAGUCAGUAGUCAGUGUGCUGACGAGCUUGGCCGUCGGUAUCUGUACGACUUUAUUCACAUGGUUUACAACGUCUCAUCAAUAGAAGAAAUGAAGUUGGUCGAAUCAACAAUUAUUAGUGGAUUGCAUGAAAUACAGUCUGGCGAGCUCAACGGUGAGGAGGUAGAGGAGACAAGCAGCGGCCUAAAUCUGACGAUACCAUCGAUCCAUGCCGCUUUUGCACAUGUCAAGACUCGCUUGUCGAGCUUAAAGGAUAUUUUGCAUCACAUGCCGGACAAAGUUGCUAACGUUCACCGUCAAAUGCAAGGAGUACACCUAGAUGAAGUGCUUACAGAUGUUAUGGCUGCUCCUUUACUGUUGGAAGAAUUGUUUCCGGAAGGGGCACUUCAAAAUAUCUCUCAAAGAAGUACGUGGAUAAAGAGAAUGCAAUCAGUUAAACCUGUCAUAGAGUCAUGGCUGGCGUUGUCAUUUGCUGGUAACAUAAGAAGCGCUCUGCACGACGACGUCAAAAAUACGUGGGCAUUAUAUUCUGCUGUAAAACUUUUUCUCGAGCACACCGAGUCUAUAACUCACAACAACCCAUUCGUUGUCGCAUUGCCAUUCACCUUGUAUCAGAUUUUGAAGAGCAUCGAACUUGAUUUCACAAAGGCACACACAAUUCGUGUACUUCAGAGAUUUUUGAACCAAUCAGCUGAAGAUUAUAGUUCACAUCUAUUUGGACCAAACAGCAACGAAUGCACAAUUUGUUUCUAUCAAUGGGAGAGUAGGAACCCCGUCAAAUUGCCUUGCAAGCAUAUUUUCUGCCAAGUGUGCAUCAAAGAACGACUUCAAAGAGGAUUAAUGUGUCCAUUGUGUAACAACAAAAUUCCUAAGAAAUUUCGAAACGUUUCCGACAGAACCCUCACGCAAGCUAGCAAUGAUUACAGGAAGUUCAAACAGUGCUGUACUGCUUUCUUCAUGGAACUAGUCUCUGUGUACACAUUUAGUGAAACGACAACUCAUCCUCCAGAACCCGAGCUUGUGCAUAUGCUGAUGGAAAUGGUCGUGCAGAAGAGGCUGGCAAUGCCGGAUAACUCAACUCGUCCCUUUUCACCGUUUGAGCGAGAUGCAAUCGAUCCACGUCCAGUGGUGAGGUCUUUCAUCUUGCAAAUGUUACUGAAGUACAGUCUACCAUUAACUCUUGAAUACGUUGAGAUGGUGUUUGCGAAUGCACGUCAGUAUGUAAGGAGUGAUAGGAUUUACGACUUGGAAGAUUUGGGUGUUAUCUUUGUGCAUUGUAUUGAGGAUUCUUUGUAUCUUAAAUGGGCUGGUUCGACGUCCGAAGAUCGAUGCCAAGCUGCUGUAUCUGAAUUGAGGUCAGCAUCAAGCAAGUUGCAGGGUGAACUAUCUUCGUUGAGCUACUUGCAAGGAGUCGCUAGUGCAAAGUUUGGUUUUGUCGUCACUGCUAACCUUUUGGGAGAUCUUCUGGACGUUGACGAGAAACGUAGAUUGGGACUAAUUGAAAGAAGUGUUACUUCGUCGCAUUUGGUUUCACGUCAGUUUGACUUUGUGACCGACACAAAGUUGCUCGAGACUGUCAAGGCGAUCUGCUGUGGUCUGCCGGAGCCACAGCUCGCAUUAUAUUUAGUGAAACAGUUGAUUUUACUAAGAGGGCAAGAUGUGCUAGGAAAGUUACGGGAUAUUUGCCAUUUGGAUUUGGUGUGGUUAACGGACCGGCUACAACAGGAUUUCGACGAUACUGUUUUACCUGAUUACUGCGUUGUCCUUGGCGAACAAUACUUGCGGUUCCGCAGUGCGGUCGCGAAAUCCGUUAUUUCUAGGGAAACAAAGCACAUCAAGGAGGCAUUGUCGAAGGAAGCUGGUAGUGGUCGAAAGUCUUCUAUCCCGUUGUUACUAGCUAUCUACAGAGAAGUUACUUGUCGUCGAGCUUUACCAGUGGACCAACAGAUUUCUUCACAAACGUUGACGUUGAUUGAGGAUUGUUGCCGACAUGUUUCGGUCCUUUCAAGCGUACGGUCAUUUGCAGCUGAACUCGUCAACAAUAAUCAAGGCAGACCGUUGGUACAGUUGCAAGUUUCGUCUCGGAUGAGUUCAGAGAGUAGAAGUCUUGCCAGUCUAGCUCUUCACGUGUAUCUCACAGUGCUAUGUGGUGUCGAAUCAAAGCUUCUUCGAUCUCUUCGUCUAAUGCUUAAUGAACCCCACACUUUAGUGAAUUCGUAUUUACCUACCAUGCCGGAUAACUAUUAUGCAGAGGCCAGGCAAUUGGUACAAGAUAGGCAAUGGUGUGAGUGCAGGAAUGGGCAUCCAUAUCUUGUUACCAAUUGUGGUCAACCUGUCGUUAAUUUGCUGUGUCCUGAUUGUGGGGAAACGAUAGGAGUAAAUACUGGAGACCCGAAAGCCUCCGAUCGUGCUAGAGUGCAAACAGGCUACAUUCUUGGCCCAACCAACAGGAGAUCUCAAGAUCCUACACCAGAGCGAAGUCUGUCACCUCCAGCUUGUGCGUUGGUGCGCAUACUUUUGCACGGUGUACUUGUCUGGGCAUCUUGCAGUCAACAGCAAAAGGUUCUUGUUGGGCUCAAUCAUUUUGUUAAGGCACCGGUCAAUCAGCGCGAUCUUCCUGAUUUCUUUUGGUCUCAUUUUGAGCUUGAUGCUCGCUUGUUUGCUAAAGCAGUUGGAAGAACUAUUGAAGACGGCGUCACUAUUUGCCAUAAGUUGCUUAAUCGAAUUGCUGAAAAUGCGCAAGCUGCUCAAAGUGUUACCGGAGACGGUCGCUUGUUGACAGCGCAGGAGCGUAAUUCGUGGGAGGAAUGUAUUAGUAAAAACUACAUAUUACCGACAUUCCAGGAGAUGCAUAGCAGCAUGACGUACUGGAUUCAACAAAUUAUGAACGAUCACAAACGCGGGAAUAGCAAAUUGCUUAGGCUUGUGUACGAGCUAGAAGAUCCUCCUGGAUCAAAAUCCGCUUCUUGUUUGUGGCGACAUCGUGUAGCAGUGAGCAUCGACCACCUUUCUCACACUUUACUACAGCAAACAUGCUCAACUGCAAACAACGAUUGUCAACUUUUGAAAGAGUUUCUCCGACAAGAGCCUAAGUUGAGAGCGUUGCUGUAUGUUCCUGAUAUUAUCAAACUGCAGAAGAUGAUGCUGAACAAGUAUGACAGGAAACUGUCACAUGAGGAAGCACUGACUUUUCGUGUGGGAAGCUUCCUUGAAUCUAUUGAAGACUAUGAAGAAAGGCGGACAUUUGAGAAUCUGAUAGAAAACUUCAAUAAGGCGUGGCUACUUGUUAGGCAAUUUGUUUUAAUUCAUGGCCGACUUAGACCAAAGAAAAAGGAGCACGAGCUUGUCUACGUCGACAAACACACAUCCAUCGCCUUUCUCUUACCAAGAACAGUGGAAGAGGGAACGUGUGCUACAAGUUUGGUUGAUUAUCUUGUAAACUGCACUCACAAUGAAUUUGUUGCAAAUUACCGGAGAAUAUCAGGACAAACAGGGGAACCUAAUCGAGUGUCGACAGACGAUGUCACACUAGCUUAUCUCGUUGCAUAUGACGUCGAGCGCGAUCUAAUGCCUCUCGUUCUUGCUCACUGUGACUACUCUCUCGCCGUUGGCGCAAGAACUGAGAUUUCCUACAACCUACCCGCUCUGGAGAAGCAAAUCGUUGAUCGCUUUGUCGCCGGAAGGCCACACAUCGAUAUGAAGGAUUAUCGUGUUGCAUACCGCAAGGAAGUUUACAACACGGCGCUGUUUGUGCGCUUAGAUCAGAGAAUUAAUCAGGAGGAAGUUCCUGUUUCUGUCCAACGUCAGAUUAGUUUUGAGCUCCACGAUCUGACGGACAUACACAACGUGCUGGCUGUGCUCACUAUCGUUAUCAAUUUCUUAGUGUCACUCAGUUGGUCACCUGAAGAGCUUCUGAAUACUUUUGUUCACGACACUUUAAAGAUGCCAGCCGAGUCUAGUCUAGUAAGCGCCAGGGCACAGCAAUUCUGCCGUUUGAAGCACGUGAAGUCUUUAUGGCGUUUUUUGACGAUAGAGAAGGAAAAACGACUGUCUGUGGCGAGACAGGAGCCAUUUGACCAUGUUUCAUCGAAGUUCCGGCAGAAGAUGAAUAAUGCGAUGCGUCAAGAACUAAUCAAAGCUUUGAGAAAGCUAAACAUUGAGGACUUUUUGUCAGAGCUGGUUGAAAUUAUAAUGCUCGAGCUUCCACAGUGGGAUGAAACUCCAGCAAUGGAGGAAUAUGAGUUGUGUCUUGCAAUGACGGAACUGCAUGGUUCCCGUCUUCAGGGUUUGGAUCACAUCUCACCUCAAGUUCAACUUCAACACAUCAUACAUUCCUGGAAUAUUGCAGUCAAGCUCGAGAUGGAAUUAUCAAAUACAAGAUAACUAAUUAAUCGAGGUUACGUUUGGUAUGCUAGUGCUCAGGAUUCGUUAGCUGAAAAAGAAUGAAUUUUUGUAUUGCCUUAUUAACUGUUUUAGGAAAUGUGCUAUUAUUGCUAGAUGAUUGUUGAUUGAAUACAAUUUUUCGUCGUGACCA